AUGUUUGUGCAUGUUGCAAUGUCAGUUGGAGAUCCACCUAAACCAGUAGCUGAUCCUGAAUGGAAAGGUGUCAAAUUUCUCACCCUAGAACCAUUUGAAUCCAACAGGUUUACUCUGUUUGGCGGAGUACCCACUCUAAGUCAAAUUGGGGUACCAGAAAAUCCGGUCGGUUGUCGUGGACGAAGAAUUUUUGGUGGAGAAACUAACGCACUAAAACACUUCGCCAUCAGAUUGCAAGCCGAAGAAACCGCUUUCCGGAGUGGCUUCUAUCAGCCAAACCAAGCUCGACCUGAUUUGCUUGGUCCACCAUUAUCGUUGAGCGCAGCUAUCUCAGUGCGAGCCAUCUCAGUCCGGCUGUUCUAUUGGAAAAUUCACGAAAUUUUUGAUAAAGUAAAUCGAGGAAACCCUCCUGCUUGGCUGGGCAUUACAGGCCAGAUUAUUUGGCGCGAUUACUUCUAUGCCAUGAGCCGGAUGAAUCCCAAGUUCGAUAAGAAACUAGAGAACCCAAUCUGUUUACAAAUUCCUUGGGUUGAAAACAAAGAGUUUUUUGAAAAAUGGUCAAACCGAACCGAAUAUCCAUUCAUUGAUGCUGGAAUGAGGCAACUUAAUGAAGAAGAUUUGUGGCUUAGUUGGGACAUUGGCGCCGAGUAUAUGGCAAAUCAACUGGUAGAUUCCGACUGGUCAGUUAACUCUGGCAACUGGAUGUGGGUGUCAAGCUCAGCUUUUGAGCGUUUACUCGGUUGCUCUGUCUGUAUCAAUUCGGUAUUAUAUGGCAAGCGACUGGAGCCGUCAGGAGACUACAUUCGUCGAUACGUUCCGGAGUUAGCCAACUUUGAAUUCGAGUGUAUUCACGAGCCAUGGAAGGCUCCCAUUGAUAUUCAGCGUACUGCCAAUUGUAUAAUAGGCUAA